AUGUUCCGGCGUCCCCCGCGCAACUUCCGCGGCCGGCGGCGCGCGGUCUCCAGCGGUAGCAGCGACGAGGAGGAGCCGGCCCCUGCCCCGGCCCCUGCCCCGCCGCCGCCAGACCCCGGCUCCGACUCCGAGCGGGAAGCGGAGCCUGAGGAAGGCGAGGGCGGUCCCGGCAGCGCCGCCGCGUCCCCGGAGGGGGCCAGGGCCGCCGCAGCGGAGGGGCCGCUGUCCCCAGCGGAGCCGGCGGGCAGCCCCGGGGGCCGGGAGGAGAGUGGAAGGGCGUCUGCGGGCCGAGGGCCGCGCCUCGCUGGAGCCGGAACCGGGCCGGCGCGGGGGGGAAAGGUGCUGCUGAGCUUCGGUAGUGAGGAGGAGCGGGAAGGUGAGGAACAAUUUUUUAGAAUUAGAAAACCAUCCUUCAAUGAAGUGACCUUUAGAAUUCAAAAGAAAGAAAACCUACUGCCUACACAGACAGACAUUGAAAAAAGCAAAAAAAUUUGCCACUUGGAGCCUAGAACUGGCAACACCAAAGGCAUUCACGAAGAGGAGGAGGAGGAGGAUGAAAGUUAUUCUUCACUAAGUGAGGACUACAACAGCUCAGGCUCUGAAAAUGAAUCCAGCUGUUCACAGAAGAGGAAGGAUUUAUCACCAGGUAGUAUCCCUAGUGCAGCUUGUAUUGAGGCUGCUCGGAGGAAAUGUCACUUAGCCAGGACACGGGCUGAUUAUCUUCCACUGGAUGUUUCAAACAAUCAUCAGGUCUCUCGGAGAAGAGAAAGCAGUGAUUUAGAGAGUGAAGAUGAGUCUGAUAUGAAGAAUCUCAAUUUUGUUCCUAAAGUGAGAACUCUUAGGCAGAGGAUGACUGAACACAUGGUGUCUGUGAGUGAUGAAUCAAGUGAAGAUGAAGCACAAAUUAAGUGGGAAGAACAGCAAAUAAAGAAAGCCGUUAAACUCUCUCAGGAAACUUACGAUCGUGCUUCCCUGCAUAAAUCUCAACCAGCUAAACCAAAGUUUGAUCCCUCUGUUUCUCUACCACCUGUGAACUUGGAAAUGGUGAAGAAGCGACUGACUGAAAGGAUAACAUCGUUACAGGAUGUGCACCGUGCCCACCAGAGGGAGUAUGAAAAAUAUGUGGAGGACAUUGAAAGUUCAAAGAUGACUGUCCAGGAGUUAGAGAAGUCUUCGGAUGCAGCGAUGAAUUACAAAUUCUACAGGGCCAUGAAAACAUAUGUAGAAAACUUGAUAAACUGUUUGAAUGAAAAACUGAAAUACAUUAAUGAUCUAGAAUUGGCUGUACAUGUACUGCUUCAGCAACGAGCCGUGAGAGUAUUGAAACGAAGGCAAGAUGAGCUGAAAAAUGAAUCUGCUUAUAUUCAGCAUCUGACAAGUGGGAAUGACAAACCAACUAAUGGUGGAUUGGACGGUGAUGAGAAGACACAGCUUCUGGAAAUGUGUGAACAUCGAAGGACUUGCAGACGGCAAGUGAGAGAGUCUUCAGGAGAGGCUGAUCACCAUGAAGGCAUGUCGAGUGAUGAUGAGCUGAUUCUGACAGAGGUGACUGAGUUCCAGAAGAGCAAAGAUAACGUUUUAGAGGAUAGUAGGAAAGUCUUUGAAGAUGUACAUGCAGAUUUUUGUGACAUCAGAAAAAUCCUGUUGAAAUUCCAGGAAUGGAAAGAGAAGUUUCCUGACUCUUACUGUGAUGCUUACAUCAGUUUCUGCCUGCCUAAGCUAUUAAAUCCAUUGAUCAGAGUUCAGUUAAUAAAUUGGAAUCCUCUUGAGCAAAAUUUUACCGAGUUGGAAGAGAUGCCCUGGUUCAGAGCUAUAGAAGAAUUCAGUGAUGCCAAAAACACACCUGAAUCAAAAAGGGAUGAUGAUCCUGAUCAAGAAGUUUUGCCUAGAGUGAUUGGAAAAACUAUUCUUCCAAAAAUUACAGUAUUUGUAAAGAAUAUGUGGGAUCCAUUAUCUACUUCGCAGACAAAGAACCUUGUACAGCUUUGCAAUAACAUCUUUGAAAAACAAGACCUUUCCAAAAAUGAAUGCAGUCGAGCAAAAGAGGAUUUGAUGAACAUGGUUGUCCAAAGAAUGAAGAAAUCUGUGGAGGAAGAUGUCUUUAUUCCUCUGUAUCCUAAAAGCACUGUGGAAGACAAAUCAUCACUACGUGCAAAAUUUCAGGACAGACGGUUUUGGUCAGCUGUUAAGCUGCUCUCCAAUGUUCUUCUUUGGGAUGGGAUUGUACAAGAAGAUACAGUCCGUGAUUUGGGACUGAGCAAGCUGCUGAAUCGUUACCUUCUUCUGAACCUCUUAAACACACCACCAGGGCCGGAUAAUAUAGAAAAGUGUAAUAAGGUAGUUGCAUGCCUCCCAGAAAGAUGGUUCCAAGAUCUUAAAAGUGGAUCAACUCUCCCUGAAUUACUGAACUUCUGCCAGCACUUGCUGCAAUGUGCCUGUGUGCUACACAAGAAUAACCACAGUAAUGAGACAAAAGAAGUUCUUCUCCUGCUGGUGAAAGUCAAAGCUCUGCAUAUUGUUGAAGACUUCAUUGAAGAGUACAAACUUGAACACCUUAAAUCGAUGAUCGGGAAAUAGAGAUAUUUUUUUUCGAAGCAACAUUUAUAUUACUGAAACAGUUCUAAUAUGCAAUUUAAUUAGUGGAUCCUGCCUACUCAAAAAUGUAGUAGCAACCAUUGUCUUAUUAAAUACUUGAGGAUUUUUUUCCAAAUGUCUUCUACUGCCAUCUACUCCUAGGUUAAGGAGUCUUUUUAGAAGUCACAGUUGUCAAAGUAAAGCGAUGGUUCAGGCAUUCUAAAAUGUAUGACAAAGCUUUAUUGCUUUACCCAUUUUGGAAGGAUUCCUGGAAGGAUAGAAAGGGCCUGUAAAGUUUAUCCCUGCUAGCAAGUAGACAGCUUUACAAGCUAUUUUCAGUAUUAAUUGCUAAAUACCACACUCUGACUUAGCAGUUAUUGAGCUCUUCUAACUUGUGGCCCACAGUGAUUCUUGGUAGAGUUAUUGUUAAGCCAUCCCUAGUGAAAAAGAAUUCAUAAUGCUGCAGGGGUUUUGACCCUGGUACAGAAACAAGGGAAGUCAGUGUGCAGAUAAGGAGUUUGACUGAUGAACAUUUAUUGAUGGUGAAUGUGAACUCAGUGAGGUUAAGAGCUGCACAGGAGAACACCUGGGGAAGAGUGAACAUCUAGUGAAGACAGCGUCUGAUAUGCAUGGGAGCUCUAUGCAGGGGAGCUCUGUGCUUGGGUAAUACAGACUCAACUCGUGCACAGAGCUGGAGUUGUCAGACAUCUUGCUCUGUCAGGCUGUUAAUAACAGACAUCGUGAUGAUGAGAAGCACAAGAACAACUUCAGUUACCUUCUAGUAACUGAAACUCUAGGAAGGUCUUCCUUUUGCUUCCCAGUACGAUCUACUGAACCGUACUUCAUCAUACCCUUAUUAGAUUUCUAAUGUUUUACAACUUUGUAUGUUUUCAAUAAAUAGUGUUAAGAACAAGGAUACUUUAUUGUAGAAACUGAAGUAUAACAGACUCUGUAUGUUUGCUUGUGACUGUGUUUCUCCAAAAUCUUCUGGAACUAGAAUUUAACUCUUGCAGACUUAAGCCCUAUGAUU